UCCUUCUCCCUCUUGAUCUCUAGCUCACUCACUGUUUUUCUCUCUCCAAUUAUUCCCCUUUCUUAAAAUAUCCUCUCUUAAAAGAGAACUAAAAGCUCUUAUAUUUCCUCAACAAAUAAUUUAACUUUCAUUCCAAAAUCCUAGUACCCAAUACCCAAAUGUCUUGUCUUCAACACUUUCACAUACCAUUCUUAACCAAAACAAUGCAAUACCACCUUCUUGCAUUGCUCUAAUCUUCACUUUCAUGGAGUUUGGACUCUUGGGUUUGGGCGGGUUUCCGGGUUCUACCAAUGGGUUUCCUUCGCCGUCCUUAGAUCAUCCAUCUAAACAAAAAGAAACUUCUAGAACUUCUCUAGAUGAUACUAUUCAUGGAGAAUGUAAACCCACAAAAUUUGCAAAACUAAAUGAGGAUUUAACACCCAUUAAAAACUUUCUUCCUUCUAAGCAUUCAUCAUCUUCUCUUGCUUUCUUUGAUGGACAACAAGAAUUGAAUAUGCUUAGCUUUUCCACCCCAAAACUAGACUUUAAAAACCCACAAAUCUCUGCAUUUCCUUAUUUUCAGCUUCCUAAUUCUUAUUACAAUAAGAAUUCAGGAUAUUCCUAUUCAUGUACUGAAAAUGUGAAUGCAAACACUUAUUAUCUGAAUGGAGUAAGAGGACCAUUCACACCAUCUCAAUGGUUUGAGCUAGAGCAACAAGCAUUGAUUUACAAGUACAUCAUAGCAAAUGAGCCUAUACCACCUAAUCUUUUGAUUCCCAUAAGAAGAGCUUUUGAAUCAGCUGGGUUAUGUACUUUUCCUGGUGGACUUCUAAGACCCAAUACCUUUGGAUAUGGAUGGGGUCCUUUCCAUCUUGGCGUAGCCAAUAACACUGAUCCAGAGCCAGGACGGUGUCGUAGGACAGAUGGAAAAAAAUGGCGGUGCUCAAGAGAUGCAGUACCUGAUCAAAAGUACUGUGAGCGGCAUAUCAACAGAGGCCGCCAUCGUUCAAGAAAGCCUGUGGAAGGCCAGUCUGGCCAUUCCAUCUCUGGAGCCACCACUAACAAAGCUAGUAACUCCGCUACCACCUCGUCUGCAUCAGUGAUGUCUGGAGCUGGUCAGUCCAACAACUUUGCUAUAAAUCUCGAUCGAAACAAGGACUUGCAGCCUACAUCUUCCCUUGUUAACAGGCUUAUGGUGAACAAAGAAAAGACCAGUCAGGAAACAGGGGUUGACCUUUUAUCCCCUAAAAUUAGCCUGAGUUCCACCGGGAAUACAUUCUCUGUUACCGAGUCAACUGCAGAUGAUUUUGCAUUUCUCACAUCUGAUGCCAUCUACAGCACCACAAAGACGGGAUCAUCUGUCUCGAGAACUUAUGCCCAAGGAUCCGAUGCACAACAGUUUUCUCACAUAUUUGUAGAUGAUCAUGCAAGUAUUUUGUGGCCUAAGUUACAAACACAAUCAGACAAGACAACAGCUGAUUUCAUGUCUUCAACGUCUUCUCCUACAGGUGAAAGAAAUACUCUUUCAUCCCUUAGAUUGUUUCGGGAACUUGAUUCAGUCCCAAUGGGCUUGAGUACGGAUACUGAUGUCUCAAAUGAGCGGAGCACCAUUUCGUGGGAAACUUCCAUGGGUGGGCUGCUUGGAGAGGUCCUUAAGAUCCCCAUGAGCAGUAGCUUGGGGAUGCAAAGCAAGGAUGUUCCGGCUUUGAACCUCUUAUCUAAGGGAUACGGGGAAGGAAGCCCUCAAUUGGCUUCAUCUCCAACAGGUGUACUUCAAAGGACUGCACUCUGUUAUUUUUCUAACAGCAGUGCAGGCAGCAGCCCUCGACCUGAAAGUGGGAAAGCACUCGAGAGUGGCAGCAUUUGUUGUGACCUUAUCGGUUUCACCCUUGCAAGCUCCUCUUGUCUGCCCUCAUAGGUCGUUGAGAUCAACGAGUUCAUGCUGAAGACCCGUCUGUCUUUCAUCUUCUAACGUGAAAUUUGUACCUGAAUCACUGUCAUAGCUCGGAAAUUUAUUGUAUAAUACUGUUUUUGUAGUCUACUAUUGUAUAAUGUUCUUUCAAUCCCAAGUCAGAUGUUGAACACAAGGCUAAAUGCAGGAUGGUUUUUCAGCUUGCUAGUAUUUCUAUAUAGGUAGAGUUUGUAAAAGGCUUUGUUGUGUUCUCUGGGCGAUGUGUCAAAUUUAUUGAGGAUAUUAUGAAAAAAGCUACAUUAAAGA